CUGUAAACACUUUUCUCUUUUUCUUUCUGGAUCAUAACUCUAAAAUUUAAAAGAUCUAAAACCACAAGUUAGUGUUAAAACGGAAUAUAUAUUAAUUCCCGGGGUACCCAAAUUUGAAAGCAAACAAAUUCAAAUUCAAAUUAUGCAUUGCUGCUUGGCCAACCUGCAAACCAGGAGGCCUGGUGAGCUGGUGAGGUUAUAUUUGCAUUUGAUGUUGGAAAUAUAAAUUGAGUGUGGAGCAAAUGCUACAGUGACAACGAAAGUAUCAUUGCUUAGCAACGUAGGUAAACAGCUGUUUGGAAAGUAUAUUGAUACAUUCUAGAGACUUUAUGUGAAUAAUAUAUUUUGUGUCUAAAGUGCGCCUUUUAUUCGUAGAGGAAUAUUUAGGUAAAUGUCUAUGUUGAAUGGAUGAAAAUAAGGAGUGCCUGCUAGUCUGUUAGUGUAGAUUGUGGCCGUGCUGGAAUAGAUAAUAGUGUUUUCCUGUCGCAAUGAAGAAGGUGACCGGACAGUUUCGUAACACAACUUGGGAUCCUCUGCUUAUAAUAUCGCAGAUAAUAGCUUUACAGUGUGUAAUGUAUGUUGGUCUGGGGUUGUGGACAGUCUUCAUGGACCUAGUUGUUGGAUCGUCGAGAUCCCUUGAUCAUCUUUUUAAAUAUCAGGAGAUCCAUGUACGAGAUUUUGGAGGCAAACUAGUUAUAACAGCUUUUGUUUUGAAUGCAUUAGUUGGAGCUCUUGGACUGUGGUUUAUUGUGCAGCGAACAAAGCAGUGCUUGGACUUUUCAUCAACAGCUCAUCUCAUCCAUUUGAUUGUGUGCUGGUAUUAUAAUGGUCACUUUCCCAAUGCCUUUUCUUGGUGGCUGCUGAAUUUGGUGUGUCUGACCAUCAUGUGUGUAUCUGGUGAAUUUCUGUGUAUGAGGACAGAAUUGCAGGCUAUUCCUCUCAAUAUGGGCCCAAAAGCUGAUUUAUAAUGACUGAUUUUGAACUGAGAAGUUAUAUAAAAUGAAUUGAAAUUGUUACUUAUUUGUUUUAUAGUAAUUAUACAUAUUAGUAAA